AUGCACGCCAACUUCUUUCUCGCCCUUCUUGUUCCUGUCAGCGGAGCCCUCGCGCAGGCUACUUGCGCAGAGGCGCCUUCACCCGCGGGCCAAGCCGCAUUGCAAGGAGCGUGCAAUGCCUUUGGCUCUACACGUACCGACUGUGCAACCGGUGUAUCCUUAACUCAAAUUUGGUACGCGCCCCCAGGGUGUAACGCGGCAGGUGUCUUACGACUCCGGAACACUUCCCCGAACAAUCGAAAGAUCGUCCAGGUUCGGUCAGGUCCUCUAGUUGCGAAUUUCUGGGUUAAUGGGGGCGGCGAAUGCGUUACCAAUCUACCCCUGACAGUAGUGCGUGGUUUCGGUGUGUGGGAGAAUCAAUGUAAAGGUUAUGAUAGAAUCUUCUAAAUAAGUAGCUAUUUGGGCGGGCCGGACUG